UCCACUAAUUGCAUACCUUGGUCUAGUAGAAUAGCAUUUCCGAUGGACAUAUCACUAAAUCUUAAACCCUACCAUAAAUAUUCAUAGAACCAACAACUUGCCCAUUUCUUUUAUGGCAAAAGCUUACACCAGUCACCAGUCCAGGAAGGCAGGAACUAUUGGAGCUUUCAUGCGAAAUUUUAACCAAUUCUGACUCAGAGUGGUUAGUUAUCUGUGGUCAUACUUUCGCCCGUGCGACUGUUAGAUGAACCACCAACAAAACCAAACUUCUCCUACAUUAAUGGUUUGACUGGUAGUUUCAGUUUUCUCUUUCAGGACUUCCGCUCCAUGUGUCCGGGACAAGCGAAUUGUCACCAUUACCCUAAAAACCGCAGUCUGAUUUUUGAUGUCAUGAAAAUUCAAUAAAUAUGGAUCAACCUUUUCUUCCCAAGACAGGGCCAGAAGAAGAGUGCAGCAGACGGUCAUCAUCGAUAAGGAUCUCACCCGGGUACCUUGAUCUUGGCCAGUCACGACGCCAAUCCACGGCACAUCUCAUCACCAAUGAUGCCAUUAUCCCCAUCAUCACAACACCAAAAUCUUCCUCCUAUGUUAACCUCAUUGCCAACUUGAACAAGAAAAGAAAAAUCACUCGUCGCUCGCAUUCUGCUCCAUCAGUUUUCACUGAUGUUAGGGAAGCAUUUCAAGGUUCCGAAGACACAAAACCGGACUCAAAAUCAACUCCUUUCAUCGUCCGCCAAGCCUUCAUUUGGCUGAUUUUAUACGUAAUAACUGGUGUUUUGAUAUUCAUGACCAAUGGAAGUUUCAAGGGCACUGAAACUUUCAAGCCUGUAGAUGCCUUGUACUUCAUUGUGGUUACUCUAUGCACGAUUGGCUAUGGGGAUAUUGUCCCAGACACAACAUUUACAAAGCUUCUCACCUGUUUCUUUAUAUUGAUUGGUUUCGGAUUCAUUGAUAUUUUGCUUAAUGGGUUGGUUACUUACAUUUGUGAUAGACAAGAGUCAGUCCUUUUGAGCACAGUCGAUGAGAAUCAAUUCAACACGAUGGUUCAAACAUAUAUGAUAGAUAAAGCAAAAGGAAGAAUGAGAAUAAGAAUAAAAGUGUGCCUGGCUCUGGUUGUAGUCAUCGGCUGCAUCGCUAUAGGGACAGUAGCGGCGCAUUUUCUGGAAAACUUGGACUGGGUUAAUAGCUUUUAUCUCUCUGUUACAUCUGUGACAACUGUUGGUUACGGUGAUUUCAAUUUCACAACGGUAACAGGGAGGUCUUUUGCAAUUCUGUGGCUAAUGGUAAGUACAUUAGCUGUUGCAAGGGCAUUCCUAUACCUAACUGAGCUUAGGAUUGACAAGAGAAAUCGAAAAAUCGCGAAAUGGGUUCUUCAGAAGAAGAUGACGCUGGGGGAUUUGGUUGCAGCAGACCUCGAUAAUGAUGGAUCCAUCAGAUAUUUUGGGGCAAAAGAAAGACAUGAAAUUGUUGUUCAAUGACACUCUUAGAAAGGAACACAUUUCAAAUCUCUCCAGCAACAAAGGUCAAAGAAAAUGAUCAACAGAUUUUUAUCCUCCUUACUCAUGAAGCACCAAGAUUGAAAGAUAAGUACCACACUUGGUCAUACAUAGUUCCCAAUUACAGUGCCAAAUAAUUUCUACCAAGUCAGCCAUCCCUCUUAAUAGUAGUUGCCUAGUAGGUUACAUUAGGGUUGAGUAUGGGACAUAUAAUCAGUAACAGAGGCAUUUAAGUUUCAUAGUGGCCCGGCAGAGAUUCCAAUGAAGAGUAAACAGCUUAUAACGUAGAGAUAAUAGAUAAGAGGUAUAAUAUAGGAAUGAAGCAUGAGUAAUGAGCACAGAAAGCCACACUCUAAGUAUGGCUGCAUGAACUGAGUUAAGUUACGGGUUUGAAUUCGAACUUUAAGAAAGUAUCUACUAUGUGUGAAGUUUCUAAAUCAUCAUGAAUCUGAUAGUUUAUCAUGUUUACAAGUAUUUGUUUCAAUCAAACUCAGAAGGAAAUAACCACCUUCUCUCAUCAUCUCACUACAUCCCUGCUGUCUGUUUGAGGAGUCAUAUCAUAUAGCCAUUUGGAUGUUUACAUUUGCAUUAUCAGGUUCCUAUAUUUACACCAAUUUUUCGGCGGUUACUGAAUGUAAUAGAUCAUUUUGAUUCUCUAAUGGUUGCAGUAAAUCUGAAUUUGUAAUCUACAAGCUCAAGGAGAUGGGAAAGAUCGCAGAGAAGGACAUCCUGCAGAUCUGCAACCAAUUUGAUGCA